AAAUAAAGAAGGAAAAAAGAAGAAAAAUCCGGUGAUUGGCCUGCUGCUGCUGCUGCUGCUGGUAUAGUAUGCAAACUCUCUCAGCCGAGUCUUCCCAAUGCCCAUGCCCGUGGGCAAUGUGACGUCACGCCUUCGACAGUCGACACGACUGUUUUGCUGCGAGUGUUCUCUUCUUGUUUAUUGAGAAACUCGUUGUUAGUUGUUAGUCGAAUGGAUGAAACAUGGAGUUGCAAUCAUCCUUUAUCAGUGCCGUAGAAUUUUAUAAAUAUCGCAGAAAACAUAGUUUAGCAGCCUUAUAUCUAGUCUGUCUUGGAUUACUAAUUGCAACCCAAACUUCCAAGGCUGAAGAAGUCUAUCAGUGCGACAAUCAUACACAAACCUGCAUCAGCGAGUCGGAAUUUGGUGAACAAAAUGAUCAGCAACUUUUCAAUAUACCUUCACCUCUUCCUACCUGGGCAGAAAUACCACAGUGUAGAGGGAAAAUAUUGUUAAAUCGUCCUUUUGGCUUCCUUUCUGAUGGACCUAGCAAUUAUUCAUUAGAUACAAAAUGUGCAUGGAUUGUUCAAAGUUCUGUGCCCAAUGCAACUAUUUCAUUACAGCUCAUUGAAUUUGCAACAGAAUGUAGUUGGGAUCAUCUCUAUGUCUAUGAUGGAGAUUCUGUUUUUGCCUCACUUCUCGCAGUAUACAGUGGCCUAACCAUAUAUGGCAAUUACAAGGUGGAAGAGUUAAAUCAAAUAACUUCUACUUCCAACACUAUCCUGCUAUACUUUUACAGUGAUUUGGCAUAUAACAUGUCAGGAUUUAAUAUUUCUUAUAGUAUAAAUUCAUGCCCUUUUAAUGAAGAGGGAAAAAGAUGUUCUGGCCAUGGUGUAUGUAUUGGAAGUACUUGCACUUGUGAUGCUGAUUUCUAUGGACAUAGCUGUCAGUAUGCUGUCUGCCCUAAUAAUUGUAGCAAACAUGGUGUAUGCAAUAUGGAAACUCACAGCUGUGUCUGUGAUGAAGGAUGGUCAGGGCUUGACUGUAAUCAGACUAGGGACAGAGGAUUUUGGACCAGUGUCUGGGAAUUCAAUGGAACUCGCGACGAACGUCUGGCUCGCACUCAAAGUAGUGGAUCUGUCUGGAAAGGCAUUCUAUGGGUCGUUGGAGGGCAUGGAUUAGAUCUUAAGUUACCGUUAACUAUGGCUUUUAAUAUAUCAGGAAACGACUGGUCCCGCGUAGAAACAAACGGACUGUUCAUUCCAACAUUGCGUCACGGCCACUCAACUCUAAUACAUGAGGGAGUUUUAUAUAUGUAUGGAGGCGUUACUCAUGAUGGUUCCGUCUCGUCCCAAUUAUGGAGCCUUGACCUGUCUACAAAAGAAUGGAUACUCGUAGCGCCCAGUAAAAAUAAAGAGUGCCAUCAUCGAUUGUGUGGCCCGGUAGCAACUACGGGCCACACUGCAGUCUUGGUCAAGGAUAAGAUGUAUGUAAUUUUUGGUUACAAUCCUAUUUAUGGAUACCUCAACAUUCUGCAAGAGUACAGUAUAGAUAGUCGACAGUGGAGUGUAGUGUCCAGUUCUGGUGCCCUGGUUCAGGGAUCCUAUGGCCACAGUUCUGUAUGGGAUCCUUUAACGAAACGCAUAUAUGUCUACGGCGGUUACCAGUCAGAAAGUAGCUCUGCCUAUGGUUUGACGGAUGCCCUACAUUCUUACGAUCCGGCGCUAAGAGUUUGGCGUGUUCAUCCGUCGAGUGGUUCCUACCGUUAUCUACAUUCCGCCAUUAUGAGCGGUGGCCUCAUGCUUGUUUACGGAGGAAACACACAUAACGAAACGGCAAUUAGCAAUGGUGCCAAGUGUUAUUCAUCAGACUUUAUCGCCUACGAUACAGUGUGUGACACUUGGUUCAAAUUAAAUCAGCCGGCGGCCACCAGCGUUGGUGGCGAUCUGUCUCGUUACGGGCAUUUAGCUGCUUCAUUUGGUCCUUCCUCAGAUUUGAAUGAUAGUGAUGAGUACCACCAACCAUUGCUUCCUUAUGGAAUGUUGAUUUUUGGCGGGUUUGACGGGCGAUUGAAGAGUGAUGUUCUAGUUUACAUUGUUGGCAUUUGUACAUCUCUCGCAACCAAGGAGCAAUGUCUUACCGCCAUGCCUGGUGUAAAGUGUGUUUGGAACAAAGCAGCCAAGAAAUGCGAGCCUUUAGCCAGUGUAUCUAAAGAAGGAUAUGAAAAAUGUCCAGGUUUAGCGUUUCCAGAGUCGCCAAACUCCCAGACUGAAUGGUCUUCUUCUGCCUCGGCGAUAGGAUAUGCAAUCAAUUCAACUUUGCAGUGUGGUUCAAUUUCGAGUUGCCCGACCUGUUUGCAUACGACAUUUAACUGCGUCUGGUGUGGCCAUAAUUGCCAAUAUGCCAAGUGUAAAGAAGGGCUUACACAUACAAAAGCAAUUCCUUCACUAGAGCACUGUCAAGUGGCCGACGCCAACUCUUGUAGGCUGUUGCAUAGCUGCUCAGCCUGCCAUACGGAACCGCAUUGCCAUUGGGAGCCUGACGCCCGUUGCUACUCAUAUGUGCGCAAGAUGGGGAACCGUACUGAGAAAGUUGACGUUAAGGAAGAUCAAGUAUGUGAUGCAGCAUGCAGUUUGCGUACCAAUUGCAGAAAUUGCACCCAGGGUCCUUGCUUGUGGUGCUCAAAUCAGAAUCGCUGUGUUGACAAGAACGCCUACAUUCCUUCCUUUCCAUAUGGUCUCUGCACCGAAUGGACUACACAUGAGAACAAAUGCCGAGAUUUGGACUUCCCGCAACUUGAAGACGGGGGUUCAUCAGGACAACGAAAUGUACCUCUAGGAGCAAGUGUCUAUACGAAAAUGACUACGUGCAAAUCACAUCGCAGCUGUUCCGAAUGCCAGGAGGAUCCCGCUUGCGGUUGGUGUGAUGAUGGUUCAAACCGAGGAACAGGAACUUGCAUGCCAGGUGGUUUCAGUGGUCCUGUGACAAAUGUACUGAACUUUCGUACAGAACUGUUCUGUCCCAGUCAACAGUGGUUCUUCACCAGUUGUCCACCGUGCCAAUGUAAUGGUCAUAGUACGUGCAUUGAGGGAACUCAGAAAUGCAAUCAGCCUUGCUUACACCUUACCGAAGGUCCCCAUUGUGAAACCUGUACUUCAGGCUACUUUGGAAAUCCAGUGAAUGGAGGAACAUGUUCACCUUGCCAAUGCAGUGGACAUGGAACACAAUGUCAUCCCCUCACAGGUCGUUGCUUCUGCACCACUAAAGGCGUUGUGGGGGAUCACUGUGAACGAUGUGAUUUAGCAAAUCAUUACUCACCUGGGCUACUAACAGUAUCGUCACAUGCCAACACCAACUCUGGUGUCCCGGCCAACUGGACAGUGUUACCGACAUGCUAUUACGACCUACAACUCGAUUUUCAAUUUACGUUCAAUCUCUCCAAGAAAGAAGACCGCCACAUCAAGCAGAUCAAUUUCCGCAACGUACCCCUGAAGCCUGACCUUGAUCUUGAAUUCAGUGUACAGUGCUCCACGCUGGCCAAGCUGAACAUCAGUGUUAGAUCAGCCAAGGUGGAUGCUGAAGACAUUGACGAAGAAAAGUAUAUAUUGUUUAAUUACAAUUGCACCACAUUCAAAUCGAGAUUUCAACGUAAUGAGUAUCACUUCGGCAGUGAAGAGAAUACUACGUUUUACGUAUACGUCUACGAUUUCCGCUCGCCAAUCCAAAUUACGGUCUCCUUCAGUCAACAUCCAAAAUUGGAGUUGCAACAGUUUUUCAUCACCUUUUCUGCUUGCUUUAUAUCCCUGCUCAUGAUGGCCGCAAUUUUGUGGAAAAUCAAGCAGAAGUACGACAUGUAUCGAAGGCGACAGAGAUUGUUUGUAGAGAUGGAACAAAUGGCCUCUCGCCCAUUUUCGCACGUACUUGUGGAACUCCAAGUGCCGCCCAAUUUCCCUCGUCGUGCCCCCGUCCCUAAUAAUAGAUUUGAAAGUCGAAGUCAAGGAGUCACGGUAGGGGGCACUCAAAGUGGUUCUAUGAAUCAACAUAUAAUUGAAACGAGUCUGUGCAACAACGUAACCCCAGCUCCCUCAUCUUCAUCUUCCCAUUCAUCAGCAGUUACUUCUAAUGCCGUCCGUCGAAGACGCAGGUUCCGUCCAAGUCCGAUUGCUUUAGAACCUUGCGUCGAUCAGAAGGCUGCUGUGCUAUCGCUUUUGAUACGACUUCCAAAUGGGACUCUUCCCUACACACCCCCAGGACAGUCGGGGCUCGCAAUUGCCUCGACGCUCGUCUCUCUAGGUUCGUACUCGAGUCGAAAGAACAACAUCAGUGAAUCUCGUGAAGUGCCCAGGAGUUUGCCUAAAGCGAAAACUCCUCCAACACUUUCACAACUCGCGUGAAAUUAUGAUUUCAAAAUUCUUAUUCUUUAUCUAUUCUUUGCAAAAAACAAAUUUUUUAUUUCACUCUUUACUCGCUUCUUUUAUUAGACUCUCCCGUUUCGUCUUUUAUUGUAACAUUCCUACAAUAGUGUGCAUGAUUGGCUCUAAAAUAUGUAACCAUGACAACUUAUUAUUCGUGUUUGUACAAAGCGCCUAAUGUGUAUUUGUUUCUGGUAUUAAUAUCAAUCAAUACAAAUAUUUCAUUUCAA